UUACUAUAGCAGUACUAUUUACAAUGUACGACGUAUCCACAACAAAGAAAAACAUAGAAUAGGAGUGGAAAUUAAGCUUUCAUACAAGGUUAAUUCCUUUCGAGAAAUAAGUACCAGGAUUCAAAACUCAAUCGCAUCUUUCUUAAGUUUAUCCUUUAUUAAGCUUAUAGCAGGUACAUUUUAGUACAAAUUGUUAACGUUGAGACAAGCAUGUAAAAAUGAAUAUUUGGUUAAUCAUUUUGGAGACGUCAUAGAAAAUUAUUUGAGCCGCGUGGAAUUACGCCAAUCCGCACGGUGACUGCUGAUCUAUCAGAUGCAGAGAUAGCCUUUCUUCAAAAACAUUCUUAGAUGUAAAAGUUAGUUCGUGGGAUCGACUAAGCACCCGUGAUCCGACAUGCCCUCCCCAGGCUGGCAGGGGGAUGAUCCUCCCAACAACAUUCACGAGGUCUACGAUUAUGUCGAUCGAGAACUGAAGCUAUUGAAAACCCGCCUCGCUACAAAGAUCGAAAAGUUCUUCUACGGCGGAAUAGAGCCAAUACAGUUUUUGCUUCAUGUCGAAGAAAUUUUUAAGAGUAAACAUCGGGUAAAGCGAAUCAAGAGCAUGAUUCCUCGAGUAGCCGGGAUGCAGGAGCUUGAUCUGUUUAUAAGGACGUGCAUGGAGGUUCGACGUCCAGGAGGUGUCCGCGAUGCAGGGUUCAGCAAGGACAUCCAGACGUUCGCAACCGCGUUCACCCGAAGCGCCAAAGCUCUUGCAGAUCUCCUAGACGAAGUACGCGACAUAUACAGCAUUGUCCAAACUUUCUGCAGGAACUACCAAUCGCUUGAAGGGGAGUUUGAUUUGAAGUGGGCCCGUAGCACGAAUCUAGAACUCAAAUCCACCCUGGAUGCUAUUGAUCAGCUCCUUACCGAUGCUCAUCCGGGUGUGAACAUCAAGUUGUUCAGUGCAGACAAGUUUUCUCUUGAGGUAGCAGAGAGCGUGGACUCUAAGCGAUUUCCGGUGCUUCGGCUCUUUCCGGAUCUCUUCCAGAAGUUCUACUUUUGCAUCCAUCUCCUUGGGAAAUGGCGGGCCAAUGAUCAGAUUUAUCUGGAAGAUAUUCAGUUCAGAUUGAUCAAAACCAAGCGUCUACAAAGACUGAAACAGGAAGAGUACAACACCAUCGAGCUCGAGCAUUCUAACAUCCUGAGUAGCAUCGUCGAGAAACGACUCCGCGUUCGCACUCGAGAAAUGAAAGAACGAAUAAAGCAACUAGACCAAGAAAUCAAUAAACUCGUACACCAAAAUCGGGGAAUGAACCAGGAGAAAUCGCAGGGUGAACACGACGUCCUGGAAAGAAAACGAAUGAUCUUCCAAAACAAGGACGUUGCGGACUUUUCCAAAGACAUUGACAGUAUCCUAGGCGUGAGGAAAGACGUCGAGAUCCUGCACAAGAAGCUGAAGUCGUUGAACAGGAGUUUAAAGUUAAACGAACAGGAGUUGAUCGCACGCCAGAAGGAGAAGGCUGAGCUGGAGCGAGACUAUGAAGACACGAGGCAGGCAAUUAGUCGAUCCAACCAACUUGCUUUUGAACGAUCAGAACUCUCUAAGGAAAUAUCAAUCAUCAAUGAAAAGAUUCAUGAACUUGAAACGAUCUUCUACAGGAAGACCGACCGUCAGAAGCUGGAACAAGCUUUUGAAGAACUCAGGGGGUCGGAUGAGAAUGGUUAGACUUUUGCUUAUGAAUUAUUGAUAUGUUUUGAAUGAAUUGUAGAUUCUGCCAAAGACUAUAUAUGUAUUCAUCAAAAAAUAUAAACCUUUGUUCUAUAAACAAAGGGAAAAUGUACCUCACGAAUUUCUGGGACCAGACCAUCAAUCACUGUGUAAGCUAUGUUAGAUUCGGUCACAUCAUUGAUAUAAGCAGCAGUACACUUUUGCGUGUAGAUGGGGCGGAGGCUCGGACACAUGACCCUCCUAAAAAAAAGUUUCACCGACGACCAAGUAAAAAACAGAAAAGGAAAGAAUCAGACAAAGGAAAGGAAAAGGGUGAAAUAUUACAUUAUUGUCUGGAUAUUACGUCAAAAUCUAUCAACAAAUCAUAUUUUCUUAUCCAGAAGGUAACAUUUUUCUUACUCGCUUCGCUUGCAUGCAGCCCUUUGACAAAUAUUACCCUACACGGCGUGUCUGGUCCCUAUUUCUUUUUUUUUCAGGGGGGGGGGGCUCGUUAUGCCACUGCAGUAGUGCCUGGAUAUAGCCGGAGGCAAAUUUUCCAUUGUGCUGACCCCUAAAAAUGUUAUUUUUCAACUUCACAUUAACUUCUCUCUCAUGAUCGUACCUGUAUUCCUGGAUGGGAUAUUACUUAGUAAGUACAAUGCAACGAGGCGUCUCAUUGUAUCGCUUUUUCAUUUAUCUUUUUUAGAGACUAUUGUCCUGAGAUUUUCUGGUUCUAUCCAAUGAAUGGGUUAUUCCAGUAAUUCUGUAUAAUAGCUCCGUUACUAAACAUAACGGUGCCUGAAAAUCAUAGACCUUAACUUGAGCAUUGUAUUUAUGGAUGAAAGAACACCUAUGCAUUUACCCACGCAUUCAAAUGAAACUCACCUUGUAGAUAACCUGCUUUGAAUCCAUUCGACAAAGAGUUAAUCCCCCUUUUUUUAAAUUAGAAAUGCAAAAUGGCUCCACGGUAGGUUCCAAGCUGCGGUGGGUA